AUGUCAACUUUCCCACACUUCAACAUCCCCCCGGAGCUCCUGCAGGAGCUAUCAAAAUACACCACCCCGACCGGCUUAGCCGACUAUGCCGCCCUCGCAGUUCUAGGCGGAGUCGGCGCAACAUAUCUAUCUCGCGGCCUGCUAUGGGAUAAGCCAGACCCAUACCACCAUCUCUGGUUCGAAAGACCACAGCUAAAGAAUGGCGGGCAACUCGGCUCCGCAAGCAAGGAAACCAGAAACAUCGCACAGAAGCUGGAAGAGGCAGGGAAGAAUGUCGUUGUCUUCUGGGGGUCGCAGUCCGGCACAGCAGAGGGCUUUGCUCACCGUCUUGCGCGCGAGAUCUCCAUUCGUUGGGGUCAGGAAGCUAUGACGGCUGAUCUGUCCGACUAUGACCCUGUCACCAUCAGUGAGAUCCCCAAUGCUAAGCUGGCGAUCUUUGUUGUCUCGACAUAUGGUGAGGGUGAUCCCAGUGACAACACUGCAGAGUUUUGGAGCUGGAUCUCGAAGGCUACUGAUGUGUCUUUGUCGAAUCUUCGAUAUGCUGCUUUUGGCUUGGGUAAUACCAACUAUAAGUUCUAUAACCGUGUUGUCGAUGUUGUUGUUGAGGGCCUAGAGAAGUUUGGCGCCCAAGCUCUCAUGCCAGUUGGCAAGGCAAAUGAUGCAGAAGGUGCCACCGAGGAAGACUUCAUGUCUUGGAAGGAGGAGCUGUUCAAGAUCUUCAAAGACAAGCUGGGCUUUGAAGAGGCCGAGGCUAAAUACAUCCCGAGCCUAAAAGUCGAGGAAGAUGAAUCUCUUGAGCCGAUCGACCUGCACCAUGGCGAGCCCAACAGCCGUAUCGAGGCCCCCAAGGCUGCUGCUCAGUCCUCGGCCGUUCGCACACUGAGCAUCUCCGAGUCCAGAGAGCUCUUCACUGCGUCCGACAGACAUUGUCUUCACAUGGACGUCGACCUCAGCAGCCAACCCGAAUUGAGCUACAAGACGGGAGACCAUCUCGCCAUCUGGCCAGGCAACCCAGACAUCGAAGUCGAACGCCUCCUCGACGUCCUCGGCAUCUCAUCCCGUCGCGACAUCCCCCUGGGGAUCAAAGCCCUCGACCCAGCAGAAAAAAUCACAGUUCCAACACCAACCAGCUCUAUCGCCCUCUUCCGCUACUACCUCGAGAUCUGCGCCCCAGUCAACCGCGACAACGUCCGCGACCUAGCCCAAUUCGCACCCACCCCAGAGGCAAAAGCCUACCUCCUCAACCUCGGUCAAGACAAAGAAACCUACGCCAGCUUCAUUAACCGCACACACAUCAACCUCGGCCGCCUACUCCAACUAGCAUGCCCGGACAAACCCUGGUCGAACCUCCCACUCUCCUACCUCGUCGAAACCCUCCCGCACAUCAAACCACGCUUUUACUCCAUCUCCUCCAGCAGCGUCGUCUCACCGCGUAAGCCAUCCAUCACAGCCAUCGUCUCCACAUCCCCUCUACCGGAUAACCCCAACGAACUCAUCCACGGCGUCACAUCCAACUACCUCCUCGCCAUCUCCCAACAAGCACGUUCCCAACCCCACCCCGGCGGCAUCACAUACCAUCUCAAUGGCCCCGGCGAUGCCCUCGAGGGCGGGAAGGUCUUCGCCCAUAUCCGCCGCAGCAAGUUCAAAUUACCGGUAACGGGCAAGACGCCUUUGGUAAUGGUCGCCGCAGGCACAGGUCUCGCGCCAUUCCGCGCAUUCCUCUCUGAGCGGUGUCAAGUGCUGAAGAUUGGUAAAGAGGUCGGACCGAUGAUUCUCUUCUUCGGAUGUCGGAACCCGAACGAGGAUUAUAUCUACCGGGAAGAGCUAGAGGAGAUGCAGCAGGCGUUAGGUGAGCGGUUGCAGAUUGUUACUGCGUUCUCGAGGCUUGAGGGGUCGCCGAGGCAGUAUGUGCAGGACCGCGUUGCUGAGUUUGGGGAGGAUAUUGUUAAGCUUCUUGAUGAGGGUGGUAACUUUUAUGUUUGUGGUCGGGCUGGCAUGGCGAGGGAGGUUGAGAAGGCUGUUGGGUUGACUAUGAAGGAUGUUAAGGGGUGGAAUGAUGAUGAGGUUAAUAACUGGAGUAAGGCUAUCAAGAAGAAGAACAAGUGGCAGGAGGAUGUUUGGGGCUAG